ACUAACAGGAACAAGAGAAAAAGUAGAGGGGAGAGAGAGUGAGAGAGAGAGAGGGUUUACAAGUUAUCUGAGCUGGGAGCUCCCACAAAUCACUUUUUGAACAGCAAGCUCUGACAGGCAGAGGGUGAAAACAGAGCAGGGACAAAGACAAGGUGAGAGUAUAGGAAGCUGUGUCAGAGGAGACUCUAAGGGAGAAGGUGUGAAGGAGCUGUAGAGGGCAUAAACGAGGUGACACCAGUGGAUGGAUAGAGGAAAGACUGCGAUCAAGUUCCUAACAGGGUUUUUCCUCCUCUGCUGCUGAGGUUUACUGCUGCUGUGACUGGAUGGUGCUCUCUUGUGAAGAGAAGGUGUGUCUGAUACCUAAAUACUUACCUUAAGACUGUCAUUCUACACAUCUGAUAGCAGGCCUGUUUGCAUUUUAUUUCUGACGUAGUGGACUUGCAGAUGAUUGCCUUGCGUUAUCAUGAGAGGAACACAGCAGAUAGAGCGGCAGCUGCUCUGUCAUUGACUUGGAGGCGUUGAAAGCUGGUUUGAUGCAGCUGCGUACAGAUCACAUGCUAAUAUUUGUGAAAAGAGGUAGUCUGAGCUGAGCGCCAUCCUUGUUUGUCACAUGUUUUUCUUCUAGUGUAUGAAGAAGUCUGGGAGUGUUUCAAAGUUCUACUUUAGGCUCAGUGUGCAUUUCUAUUUUAAAAAUCAUUUUUGAGGAAGCAUAUUUGACAUUCGAUCCAUCUAAAAUAGUAAGAACUGGACUGUGUGGAAAGUCUGUUUCAGAUAAAACUAAAGGCAGUGACAGGUUAAUAGCCUUCAGGCAUAGAAAGUGAGUAAGUCAGUGUCUGCCAGUGCUCGUCAUCAUUUUUUCUUACUGGGCUGCAGCUCUUUUCACAUUUGCUCCUUUUGCCUCUGGGGACAUGUAAUAAGAAACUGCUUAGUGAGCAAUACAGCAGAGAGCUGACACGUGGAGAGGUAUAAACUUGCUCUAAGACAGGAUUACGUUAAAUAUUGCAGGUGGAAGACUUGAAAUUACAAUUUGAUCUUUGAGCACAGAGGCAAGACUGACGAUCUGAGAGCUGUCAGAUUAUUUCUGCCUGUUGGGUGUUGGAGAAGUCAUGCGAGUGUUUGGAGAGCUUCUUAUGCUUGGAUGAGCUUUAUUUAGCUUUUGACAGCUCUGCUCUGGACUCACUUCAUAGUGUAGACCUUCAUUGGGUUACCUCUGUGGCCUAGUCAGAGGCUGGCUCAACCCUCGCCGUCUGCCUGCCCACUCCGAUUCUCUCUAUCUGCUUCUAUGCAAACAAGACGAGUGUUAGGUGGUUUUCACAGCAGUAGGGACAGCUGUGGCACUCUCUGGACUCUCCACACUGCUAUAAUUGUUCUGUUGUGUGUAAACACCUUGCGUCAGUCACACCUCUCCUCAGAGUGAUUCACUACUCCCAAAGCAUCCUCGACUGGAGGCAGGCAGCGAAACAAAAAGGUGAGGCAGGAUUUCCUAAGAAUCAAAGUGGAGAAGUGGUUGAGUUGUGACGCUGCUACAAUGAAGCUGGGAUUGUUGCUGCUGAUGGCUGCGCACAUGCUAGAGAACGUGCGCAGUAUGUCCACAUGUAAGACUUUAGACUUAGAGAUAGUUAAGCAAAAGCGCAUAGACGCUAUUAGGACCCAGAUCCUCUGCAAACUGCGUUUGCCUAAAGCUCCUGAGCCAGAAGAAGCUGGAGAGAAGGAGGAUAUCCCAGCCACCUUGCUGUCCCUCUACAACAGCACCAAGGACUUGCUUAUAGAGCAACAGAAGGAAGUCAUGGAUUCCAUCUCCCCAGAACAGGAAGAGGAGGAAUACUUCGCCAAAGUGCUGAACAAGUUCAACAUGACCAGUAAGUACAAGUUAACUCGAAGGAAGAAUGAGCAGAAGUUUGAGCUACGCGUUUUCUGUGAAUGUGAGCAGCAGCUACCCAGUACGUUCGGCUUCACCAUCUCGGGGAUCGAUAAGACACGAGGAGACACAGCAACGGUGGAAUUGCUGACAGAGCAACCGCCCUACAUCCUGACUAUGUCCAUCCCUAAGAAUAUGUCCACCCCGCAUAAAUCACGCAAAAAACGCUCCACCAGCGAACCAGAAACCUGCUCAGCACAAACGGAGCACUGCUGCGUACGGAGCUUGUACAUCGACUUCAGGAAGGAUCUGGGCUGGAAGUGGAUACACAAGCCCACAGGCUACAUGGCUAACUACUGCUUGGGGUCAUGCUCAUACAUUCGGGGCACUGAAAAUAAAUAUUCUCAGAUUUUGGCUCUGUAUAAACAUCACAAUCCGGGAGCAUCCGCCCAGCCGUGCUGCGUUCCCCAGACACUGGAGCCGCUGCCAAUUCUCUACUACGUGGGAAGGCAACACAGGGUGGACCAGCUGUCUAACAUGAUCGUUAAGUCCUGCAAGUGUAGCUAAAAAUACAUUGUGGCACACAACUCUGGGUCUUGUGGAAACCAGCAACAAUGGAGGAAGUAGUUUUUUGUUUUUUGUUUUUUAACCACAAAAAGGAUAAUCUGAUUCUUUGAAGUGGAUCUCCAGCUUUUUUUCUCCAAGAUUUUCUUCAACCGCAGCGGAUUCUCAUAAAAACUGGACCUCUUUAUAUUAAAAUGAUCAAUAUUUUUAUGUAUUAUUAUUUCUAUUGAGGAAUAAACAAAAAGAUCUGCCCUGGCAAAAUUUUAAUUUAUUUGUUAAAAGGACAGAUGUAUUAUAGAACUGUCUCAGCUGGAGAUAGAGAAAGGAUUAUAAUGACUUCUUAGUCAAAGUUUGAACAAAAGCACACAAGGACCAAAAUAACCUUCAUGGAAGAAAUUCUGUUUUCACAGAUGGGAUAUUUCCAUUUGUCACAGCAGCUUCCAAAAGAGGUAACGGCAAAAAAGUGCCAAAUCCCAGGUGGAAAACAGUGGUUGUUUGAGAAUUUCCUGGAAUAUAAUACUGCUGCCAGGGCUUCCGGCCUACAUCAUAAAAGACAGAAGAAAAAACCAAAGGGAUAGUCCAUCCUGAGAAAACUCCCCCCAGCCUGAAAGCCUGGACCCGUCUGACAACAUUUCACAUAGGCUGUCGACCUGUCAUGUCAUUUUUUGUUUUUGAAUACACACUCUUCCCACCAACUUUCUGUCUCGUCACAUUGUUUAUGGUAAUAGCUGAAAGUCUUAUCAGCUUCCAGGUCUGUUAAGGUGAGGGGUGCAAAUCAGUGGAUGUAAUGACACCAUGUGGCUGAACCCUUUACAGCUUUAGAUGCAGAGGCUCAGGUUAGAGAACCAGUGCCUGUUUUUUUUUUUUUUUUUGGUCCAUUAAGAUAAAUUAUUGCCUUUUUUCGUAGCUUUAAAAAGGAAGUUUUCAUUUUUAUCUGAAAUAUGUUUGUAGAGUUUUUAAAGAGUUUAUUUCACCUUUGGUUUUAGCAAAAAAAAUGCUUUCAUUGUUCUAACAAUGAAAAUAUGAUGAUAUUGUCUUUUAACAUAUGAAAAUAUGCUUGCAAAUGAAAAUAAGAAAAAAAAUAAAGUUUUUAAAUUAUGGCAUCAGGGUAAAGGAUUUUGUGUGCAAAUAAAACCCUCAUCGUAUUCCAACAAAGUACUUUGUGAACACUUAAAGACAUUUAUUCACACGCUUAUUACACUUGUAUAAAAAUGCUUUAAGUUAGCUAUAAUUCUAGUACUCAGAUCUUCAACUGUUUGUGAUUAUUGCUGUUAAAGCCUUGUUUGACACUAUUUACAAAGUCUCCAGGUUUUCUUUGUGUUUACAUUUGUAAUGGUAGGACAGAGCAUGCUCUUUUUGGUAUUUCUUCUCCUGAAGCUUUGGACAUUUGUUUCUUCCCCCUUUCAAUGUGAUAAACGGCAUGUUGUUGGUUCUCGUUCAGUCUAGUUCCCAGUAAAGAGGUCAGAAAUGCAGAAAGUCAUAGGUUACUAAAGAAAGUGUUCCAAGAAAUGAUCAAGUUAAAGUAGAGAGGAAGUGACCCUGGAAAUUAAUCCAAAUCCCGGUGGUUCUAGAUAAAAAAAAAAUAAUUUUAUACCCAAACAAGCCAAAACGUUGCUCAGCAAUUAUAAGACGAGUUUAUAUUCCUGCAGUACUGAUAAAGAUAAUUUGAUUGAUUGUUGAUCAGGAUAAAAACAAUUUUCAUUACGUCUUUUUUUAUAUUACCAUACAUAAAAACAGUAAAAGUCUCUUUUCUUGUUUUCAUAAAAACUGACACUCCUUUAUAUGGAGGACCAGCAAGCGUCACUGAAAAAGAAAUACAACCAUAUCAUACAAUUUGAAAUCCUAUUUGAAAAGUACUUUUUAAUUGCACUUUUAAAAUUAAAUGAUAAAAGAACCAUUUUAAAUUGUAUUUGUUAAUCCAUUUAUUUAAAAAUGCAAUGAAUUUCCAUAUAUUUCUAAACAUAAAACCACAAUACUUUUAACCCAAAUCCUUUCCUAUCCGAAACAUAAAUUUUUAUUUAAUGUAACAUAUUUCAGAUUAAAAUCUAAAUACCUGGUU